UAAGGGUGCUGACGCGCGCAUGCGCAGAUGUUGCAACGCUGUCACCUGCUGCUGGGGCUGCAGACACGACCUACAGUAGUGGUGGCCCAGUUACCCUGCAAAAAAAAACAGCUCUCUACCUGUCCGGGGAUAGGACAGCGACUGGUGUACAUGAAGUGUGCAGCGAUGCUGGGGGAUCAGGCUGCGGUGCACUAAGCCUCUCAUGGCUGUUAGCACCAUGGACUCUGAGUCAACCCGGACCCCUCAGCCCCAGGCUGCCCUCACGAAAGGAGGCCGUUCCCUGCUGCCUGAUGGGGCUCUGGGUGCCAUGUUGGGCCCUCAGGGGAAACAUUACGUCUGCGGCUCAGUUGCGGCUUUUACCAACAUCGUGGUGACUUUCCCCAUCCAGAAGGUGCUCUUCCGCCAGCAGCUGCACGGCGUGUUGGCCACCGAGGCCGUGCGCCAGCUCCAGAGGGACGGGCUGAGGAAUCUUUACCGGGGCCUGCUGCCCCCCCUGCUGCAAAAGACCACUACGGUAGCCAUCAUGUUCGGCCUGUACGAGGACUUCUCCAGGGUCUUGCUGGACCAGGCCGGCGGCAGCGGCGUGCCGGAGCUGGUGACGCGAAGCUUUGCCGCGGCGCUGGCAGGAAUGGCCGAGGCCCUCCUGACGCCGUUUGAGCGCGUGCAGACCCUCCUGCAGGACCACCGGCACCACGGGCGCUUCAACAACACGGCCCACACCUUCCGGACACUUGUGAGCGAGCACGGCGUCAGGGAGUGCUACCGGGGCCUCGUGCCCAUACUCCUCCGCAACGGCCCCAGCAACGUGCUCUUCUUCGGGCUGCGGGGGCCGAUUAAAGAGCAGCUCCCCGAAGCCACCAGCAGGGCCGGUCACCUGGUCAACGAUUUCGUGUGCGGGGGGGUGCUGGGGGCGGCCCUCGGCAUCAUGUUCUACCCGCUAAACGUGGUGAAAUCCCGGGCUCAGUCUCAGGUUGGUGGAGCCUUCCAGCCUUGCAGGGACGUGCUGCUAAUGGUGUGGAGGGAGCGGGGCGGCAGCGUGGCCAUGCUCUUCCGAGGGGCCCACCUCAACUACCACCGUUCACUCCUCUCCUGGGGGAUCAUCAACGCCACCUACGAGCUGCUGCUGAAGCUCAUGUGAGGGGAGGAGUGGAGCGGAUGGAAGUAAGACGUUAGAGUGAUAUAGAGCGUAUUUAAAGGGAAAAACCUGUAUGUAGGGAUAGAGCCAGUUUGAAGAAGGAAACUAAAACCGAUGCACUAGCUGUCCGGCACUAUUGGUGGGACACGGGUUCUAUGAUUGAGAGACAGCGGUUGCAUUUUCUGACAGGGGCCAACAGUCAGUGUAAGAUAACCACCGGCCAUUGUUACUUUUUACUACUAUCAAAAGUAUUAUAAACAAGACACACACUAGCCUAUAAAAACUUGUGCCAGGGUCCAAUUGAAACGCCCUCGUUUGCUCUGUGUACAAAACUUGGGGAGCAAACAGAACUUUUUUUUUCCCCCUCCACAGUUUAAAGGAAAGGUUGCCUGACUGGAUUCACUGUUUUGUUGGAGAAUCUUUUUUUCUUGCUUGUGCUGUGGUGUUUUUGAAACAUCUGUUUGUUUUGUCCAAGAUCGUUUUCUCUGUGAAGCAAAAAUUCUGCCACUUCAAUAAUCCCGAUGCUUUUGUCCAUUGAAUUUGUUCAGUGGGGUUUAUCGUCAAGGAGAAUUACUGUUUGUUUAUUCUCCGCGAGUUCACAGUCGAAAUACGACGCGAUAGUUUAAGUGAUUCUUGGAAAUGCUAACAAAACCAAAAGUACACAUGUCAGGCUCUCUCUCUCUUUUUUUUUUUUAAUCAGCUUGUAUGUUCACACUAUUAAUCCAAGUGAGAUAUGAAAUACAGUCUGUCCUUGUUCAUUUUCUGAAGUGCCACUGGCAGUGUGUGUUGUUAUUUGUGUUUUUGACAAGUGCCCAAUGAUUUACAUGUCGUGUAGUAAAACGUACAGUUACACCCAGAUCUCGUCGGUUUCUAAAAUUAAUUGGAAGAGAGAAAAUUUAACCAUGUCUCCUAAUACAAUAAAUAAAGUGUUGACUGAGAAGAAAUUACACCGCCGGCUGCAUUUUCAGAUCUUUGGACGACUACUGUCUCUUUCACGGACUAUGAAACAAAAUGCUCCUGAAUGUUUGUUUCCUUUUUUUAUAUAUACAUAUAUAUAAACGGCCCUUUAUUUUAUUCAUGUAUCUCUCUCCCUUUGUUCAGACUUUGAUAUUUCCUUCUCUCACGCUUGCUCUGCUCUCUGCCUGUAACAUCUGUUGACAUAAUGGGCUCAGAUUUCAAGCUUGAGUAGAUGCAGUCGCCGCACAGCAGCCCGAAGAGGACAGGCAUGCUGCUUGGACGCUUGAGAAAGAGAGAGGCUGAGGGGUAAUGGUACUGAGAGAGGACAGGGGCAGAGGGUAAUGUUCAGUGGCACAAAAAGCUCAAGCUGCCAUGUAAAAAGAUCACUCUGCGUUAUUUCUUCAUUUCUGUCCGCAGUGUAAUACGUUUCAUGGAUUGUUUGUUUUGUUUUUUGUUUUUUUUUAGGAUUUUCUAGUGUUUCCUCCUGGAAAGUAAGACUUUGUACUUUAAUAGUGGGACUCCCUCGCUGAUUGACUUUCCUGAAGCACAAGUUGCCACGUCGCUCUGAAAAUGUCAAAUUCAUGAUUGUGCGUAAAUUCAGUGAUUUAAAGUCAGUCCAAUAAAAACACAAAUAAAUCUGUCACUCGGGGAGUACUUGGUGACAAAAGAG